AUGAGCUUGCUCAAGAAGAAAUCAAAGUCAGAGGACUGGGACAUCAAGAAGAGUUCAUCCUCUGGCAAUGGUGUAAAGAAGGAGAAAGAGAGCAAUGGAGUCAAGAAGGAGAAGGAGAGCAGUGGCAGUGGCAGUGGCAGUGGCGCAGUCAAGAAAGAGAAGGAGAGCAGCAGUGGCAGCACCAGCAGUGUGAAGAAAGAGAAAGAGAAGGAGAGCAAUGUCAAGAGGGAGAAGGACAGUAAGUCAUCUGUAUCGCCAAAGACAAAGCGUGAGAAGGAUGAGAGAGAGUCCAGCAGCAGCAGCAGUAAGGACAAGUCGACCAAGGUCAAGAAGGAAGAAAAGUCCUCCUCAUCUUCGUCGUCUUCAUCAUCAAGCAGCAAGAAAGAGAAGGGAUUAGUGCCUGGCUCCAACUUCAAAUAUGGACAGACGGUGUAUGGUCGCAUGACUGGAUACCCACUCUGGCCAGCAAGGAUACACAACCCAGACAAGUCGAUCUCAAGCGAGGUCAAGAGAGCACAACCAAAGAAUCAAACUGUCGUCCUACUACACUUCUUCUCAAGCAAUGAUUAUGCAUGGCUACCACCUGAUUCAGUGUUUGACUUCAAGGUUACACCAAUGAAGAAGAAACCAAAGAAUAAGUCAUGGCUCAAGGCAUACAAGUCAGCGUUGCGAUACGUGGGGAACAAUGAGGAGUCAUGCUCAGAGGAUGAUUAUAGUGAUUCUGAGUCCGAGUCUGAGUCAGAGUCAUCAGACUCUGGCUCGGUAUACAGUGAUGAUGGCUCUGACAUGACCGAUGAGACAAGCGACAUUGAAGAGGUCACCAACGGUGGUGUGAAAACCAAAGUAUCAAAGAGUGAACACACCUCCUCGAGCAAGAAGCCCAGCAGUAGCAGCAGCAGCAGCAGCAAGCCAACGAAUACUACACCAUCUGGAAAGACCACAGCAAGCAAGCCACCACUUACAUCGACACCGCCAAUCAAUCAGAAGAAGUCUUCGUCUUCGUCGACUAGUCAUGGAAGUGAUGCCAAAUCAAGCAAAUCAUCGUCUGACAAGAAGGUAUCGUCCUCCUCAUCGCACAAGUCAUCUUCGUCGUCAUCAUCAUCAACACAAUCAAGAAAGAAGGUCACUGCAAAGAGAAAGCAGAUUGAGGAUGAUGAGGAUUCGGACUCAAGCGAGAGUGAUAGCGAGUACAGCAACUCGGGUGACUCUGACUCUGACAGCCUGUCGAGCGGCUUUAGCGAGGACGAGCCUUCCAACACAAAGAGCACACAUAAGCGUCUGAAGAAGAUGAAGGAGUCAGAUAGCAGCGCCAAGAAGCGCACAUCGUUGUCCUCGCAAAAGGACAAGGAGAAAGAGAAGGAGAAGAUCACGUCCAAGUCAAAGAGCAACGUUGCUCUUAAGUCGCCCGUGGUGGCGUCGUCCAACUCGAUGACGACUACGACGACCACUACCACAAUAAUCAACCGCUCAUCGCCUCAGUCGUCGACCAGCAGCAGCGGACAUACCAUUUCAACAACAACCACGCCAUUCACAAUCGAGGACACGAAGCCCUACUACAAAGAGCCGCCCCGAACCAUCAUCCCCACACACCCCAACAAGAAGGCCAGUCCGCAGGGCAACCUCCAGUCGCCCUGGUCCAUCCAUCCGUCGGACAUCAAUCGCCCGCCGCCCGCGCAGACGGUGGCACCACCUCCCACCACCCCAUCGCACCUCCUGCAUCUCACCGAACACGAUUUAUACAGCACCGACUACUCACCCUACAAGCCUGCCAGCAGCACCUUCUCUCCCAGCCUCACAUCAUCCACACCUGCCGGCAAGUACGACGACUACUACUACAGCCAAUACUCGACGCCCUACAAGUCGGCCAGCAGCACGCAAGACCUCAUCCCGUCCAAGCUGGACGGCCUUGGCCUUGGCUAUCCAAAACUGCCGGCCUCUACCUACCCAGCGCUGGGCCAGACGCCGUCCAAGCUUGACCAUCCGGGCCCCUAUGGCAUGCCUCCCGAGGCCAGACGCUCGCCUCCACCCGGCUACCUUGACGACGAUCGCAGGUACCGACCACACUACCCACCAAGAGACAAGGACGGUCCUUAUGGACCACCUCCUCCACCACGCAGUGGCGGAAGAAUCGAUGACUAUGGCCCACCUCUCGGACCACCCCCACCAGCCUACGACCGAAUGGAUUACGUUGGCGAUCGCGGCAGCCGAGACAGAUACAUGCCUCCGGCAGCAAGCUACAAGCGAGCGCCAGACUACUAUGAUCGCCCACCACCUCCCCGCGACUAUGGCAGACCGCCAUCGUGGGACAGGGAGAGAGAGUGGGAGCGCGAGAGAGACAGGAGGAACUGGGAGAUGGACAGACGAGAGCUGGACCGCAGAGAGCUAGACAGGAGAGACUUUGAACGCGACAGAGACUGGGACAGAGACAGAUACAGAGACUGGGAGUUUGAUCGAGACAGAGAUAGAGACAGACGUGACUUCCCAAGAGACAGGCCACCUCCUCCCCGCGGCGGCGGCGGUGGUGGUAGCGGUGGCGGUGGCGGUGGUGACUACAACAACAGACCACCUCCUCCUCAACAACAAGCACCACCAACAUCAAUGUCCAACAACCCUCCAGUUGCCACUGGCGAGUUGUCUUAUCCAUUAUCCGAUAAGACCAGUAGUGUAACAAAAGAGAGCAAGUGGGACAAGGGUGUGAUGAGAGGAGGACAAGGUAGUAGUAGCAGCAGCAAUUACAGUAGUAAUAAUACAAAUGGCAAUGGCAAUGGCAGCAGCAGCGGCAACAGCGGCAGCGGCAACAGUAGCAACAACAGUAACAGUAACAUUACAACGGGAGCACCAAUGUCAUCCUCCACAGCACCGUAG